AUGUUAAAUAAUGUCAAACCCAAUGAAAAAAUUGGUAGAGGCGAUAUAUUCGAGGAAUUAAUACAAUUAUGUAAAACUUCACAACCGAAAAUUCAAAAAAUCGUUUCCGAAGAGGAAGAUCCAGAGAGUAUUAAUCGUCUUUUGACCUUGAAUGAUUUGAUUAAUACCGUUUUGACAAGAUAUGAAAACAUUUUAAAAGGAAUAUUUGAUCAACCUAAAGAACUGAACCAACAAUCUCUUCUACAACCAAAAGCAAAGGAAGAAACAAUAUCCUCUUCAUCUGCAGUAAGUAAUUCCGAUUCGUGGUUAAUUGAUUUGAGCGAACCUGAACCACCAUUAGGCCAAAUUAGAAUCACUUCAAAUACGAACACAACAACAUCCUUUUCUUCAACAAAUGAAUCGAUAUUAAACAAUUCAACUUCUUUUGAUAAAG